AUGUCGCUGCCGGAUUCUCUCCCGUCGUCUUCCUCUUCCCCUCCGGUGAUCCGCGAAGAAUCAGGGUAUAGUCAUUUCGAACACAGACGCGAUAGCGGUUUUGAUCAUCGUGAUCGACCUCCAUGGAAUCGCUCUGAGUACGAUUACCGCCAUGGGAGCAUUGUUGCGUCGGAGAACACGAGGAACAAUUCGAAUUCGGAAGAUCCUUGGUCUUGCGUUGUCGUCGUCGCUACCUUCUGUGUCUUCGUGUCGAUGACUUUGAUUCUGGGGCUUUAUGGAACAACGAAUGUAUGGUUGGGACCAAAUUCAUCGUUUCUUAUCAAGCCAACUUCAGUGUUCGUCCAAACUGUGAUUGUGGAAGAAUUAGGGAACAAGGGAUCUGGUAUGAUGCUGUACGGUUUGAACGAAGCACCACAGCUGGAUGUUCUUGCUAAUUGGUCCGAAGUGCACUAUUUAGCUGUGCCAAAUGAUUCUUACAAGUAUUGGAUACAGUAUUUGAACAAGGGGUCACGUCUAAAAGUUUCAUACAAUGUUGAAUCUGUGGGCUCUUCCCUCUAUCUUGUGAUAGCCCAAGGUGUGGAUGGGCUCUCUGAGUGGGUACAAGACCCUGCGCGUCCAGACACUACAUUGUCAUGGCAUAUAAUCUCGGAUAGUGGUUACAUUGAGCAGGACAUAACUAAGUCGUCGAGUUAUUAUGUUGCAGUUGGCAAUGUAUACCUGAAUCAAGUGAUGGCUACAAUCGACAUUCAAGUUGAGGCGGUAUUGUAUGAUACUACAAAUGCUUAUUACAAUUGCACUUUCUCCAAGGACAAGUGCACUCUAAGUGUUCCAUUAUUUGGAACUAAUGCUGCUGUACUAACCUCACCAGGCCCAAAGCUGAACAAUUCUAAGAAUGAGUUCUGCGCAAAGCUCUCUUACGAGCCAAGGUGGAUCGCAUACAUAAUUUGCAUGGGUGUAGUGACAGUACUCUUGUUAAUUGUCUCUAGUCUCUUUAAUAAAAGACAACCAGUCUCUGAAGACGAGACCAUUGAUGAAAAUGAUGAUGUAGCUCCUCUUAUUCCAGGCAAAGACGAUGAUAACUCGAGCUGGUGCUCGUCCUACAGUUCUAUCUUGACAAGUACUGAGGAAUUGGAAGGUGGACACGGUGAAGCCUACAGUAGUACAAGAUUCCUCUGUGCUAUUUGCUGUGAUGCGCCUAGAGACUGUUUCUUCCUCUCUUGUGGACACUGCGUCGCUUGCUUCCAAUGUGGGACACGGAUAACUGAAACGACGGGAUUAUGUCCGGUAUGUCGUAGGAAGAUCAGGAAGGUGAAGAGGAUCUUUAACGUCUAA